AUAUCAAAAAACUUGGGUACAUAUGAGAAAACGUCAAACCACAUGGGUAUAAAUGAGAAAAACCCAAAAAAAAAAAAAAAAUCGUAGUAUAACCUUUUUCAGAGGGAAUUGGUUAAUGUUCAGCAUAUACGUACUAAACUUCACAAUUGGGGAUGUAGCUCAAAUGGUAGAGCGCCCGCUUUGCAUGCGGGAGGUACAGGGUUCGAUACCCUGCAUCUCCAUUUUACUUUUUUGGGUUUUUUUUUUUUUGGUAAAACCACUUUCACUUUUUCCAGUUUCUCCCCUAACCACCAAAACGGAUAAUGCAAAUUCCCAAUUAAACUUCCCGCCAUAGCUACCUGCUUCAAUUAGGGUUUCCAAUUUUCCCCCAACAAUGGCAGUUCCUCUCUUCAAUCUAGCUCCAAAUCUCACCGUCUCUAAGCUAUGCUUCGGAACCAUGACUUUCGGCGAACAAAACUCGCUUCAACAAUCCUUUCGUCUUCUUGAUACUGCCUUUGAUUCCGGCAUCAAUUUCUUCGAUUCUGCUGAAAUGUAUCCGGUGCCGCAGCUUGCUGAGACCCAGGGAAGGAGUGAAGAGUAUUUGGGACGAUGGAUUAAAGACCGGAACAUUCCGAGGGACCGUAUUGUUUUGGCUACUAAGGUUGCUGGGCCGUCUGGGCAAAUGACAUGGAUUCGAGGUGGGCCAGAGUGUUUAGAUGCAAAGAACAUCACAGAAGCCAUAGAUAACAGCCUAUUGCGUCUACAAACUGAUUACAUUGAUCUGUAUCAAAUUCACUGGCCUGAUCGGUAUGUCCCCAUGUUUGGAGAAACGGAGUAUGAUUCAAGUAGACAAUACUUUUCAACCCCUAUUGAGGAGCAGCUUCUUGCACUUACCAGAGCUGUUGAUGCUGGCAAGGUCAGACAUAUUGGACUUAGUAAUGAAACACCAUAUGGUGUGAUGAAGUUCGUUCAAGUCGCGGAUAGAAUUGAUGGCUGUCCAAAAAUUGUCUCCUUGCAGAACUCAUACAGCUUGCUCUGCCGCACUUUUGAUUCUGCAUUGGCUGAGUGCUGUCAUCAUGAGAGCAUCUUCUUGUUAGCUUACAGUCCUUUGGCUAUGGGCAUACUGUCUGGUAAAUACUUUAGAGAUGAUAGAGGUCCUGCAGAUGCUCGAUUGAAUCUUUUCAGAGGAAGAUAUUCAGAAGGGGAAUCCAGAUAUAGCCUGUCCAAUGCUGCUACAGAAUUAGCCACUAGGGAGUACCUUCUAAUAGCAGAAAAGUACGGCCUUCAUCCAGUUUCUUUGGCAAUUGCAGCUUUUGUUUUGAAGCACCCCCUUGUAGCAAGUGCUGUUUUUGGAGCAACCAAGAUAUGGCAGCUUCAGGAGAUUGUUAAUGCAUGUCGCAUUGAGUUAUCAGCUGAAGUAGUUGCUGAGAUAAACAAGGUUCAUUCAAGAUUUCCAAAUCCAUGUCCCUAGGAUUGGUAGUGUGAGAUAAUUUUCUUUUGUGUUUAAAUUAAUUUAUUUUUGGCCUUUAAAAUUAUGGCUUUGCUUGCAACUUAUAAGACUUGUAAUAGGAUAAACCAUGAAGCUAGCCGUUUUGUUUCAGUUUGGCAAAAUAUUUUGAAUUGUAACUAGUCAUAUUAUUCGUACAAAGUAAAAAAUUGCGUGUGUGUACUAUAUAAGAGCAACUCCAAUGGCAAGCUAAUUUGACAAUUAGCUUGUCAUGCAACAUAAGCUUUUAAGCUAA